AUGAGUUCUUUACUAUCCGCCGAACUUUCUGCAACUUGCAAUGCGUUGGGCACGUACGAUAAAAAAACUGGUAAAUAUCUCAUAGAUGACUUUACCUUAAACACAGUUAAGGAUCUCAUUAGAUAUAUGCGGAGAGAUGGAGAAGAUCAUGAAAUUCGGAUGCACCUUGGACAAACAAAAGUGUUGCAAAGUGAUCUUUUGCCCAUGUUGAUUGACCACUGGGAGAAUACUGAACUAUUUGAUGUUACUCUAAGAUUAAUAGUCAAUUUGACGAAUCCAGCGCUACUCCUAUUCAGAGAAGAAGUUCCUGUGGAGAGAACAGCUCGCCAUAAUUAUUUACAGAUUCUUUAUCAUCUUCAAUCAUAUAAAGAGGAGGCAUUUACAAAGGUUGCGACUUGGCAGGUCUUUUCCAAGAAAUUGGCUAAAGUUCUGGAAAUUGAUUGGUCAGAGAGAGAUGAAGAUACUGGAUUAGUGAUAGAAAGAAUCCUGAUUUUGAUAAGGAAUGUUUUGCAUGUUCCUGCUGAUUUGGAUAAAGAGAGGAGGCCAGAAAAUGACGCUAGCAUUCAUGAUCAGGUUCUGUGGGCUUUAAAUCAAUCAGGAAUUCUAGAUAUACUAUUAUACAUGUCAUCAGAAAAUGAAAAACAGUAUUUCAUGCACAUCCUGGAAAUAAUUACUCAUUUACUGAGAGAACAAAACCCAUCAGGGUUAGCCGAUGCAGCAUUACAGCGUAGUGUUGAUGAAAAACUGCGUGAUGAACAAGAGCUAUUGACAUUAAGAAUGUCAGAGACCAAAGAAAGAGUGAACAAAGUCAGACAGUAUUCUUCAACAAGACAUUCUAGAUUUGGAGGUACUUAUGUUAUUCAGAAUAUGAAAUCUAUAUCCGAUAAUGAAUUAAUUUGUCUGAAACCACUUAACAAAAUAUCGAACUUGGACUUUAAUGGUAGCAAGAAAUCCAAAUUAGUCAGACCAAAAAAUAGACGGCCCGUUGAAAGUGGUGCUAUGGAACGUAGAUCACCUUUUGCUGUCAGGUUGUUUCUGAAAGAAUUUUGUAUAGAAUUCCUCAACUCAUCAUACAAUCCACUUAUGCACUAUGUCAAGGAUGUUUUAGUAAGAGCUAAAGCGCAGCAGAACGACGAAUCUUAUUACCUUUGGACCAUGAAGUUCUUUAUGGAAUUUAAUAGGGGACACAAGUUUAAUGUUGCCCUAGUUAGUGAAACCAUGUCAGUACCAAUGUUUCAUUACGUACAACAGCAAAUGGAAAAAUACUACGACAUGGUUCAUGUCGAGAAGAAGAAGUUUUCUCCUUGGGUCCGUAGACUUCACCUUGCUUUACGGUGCUAUAAGGAACUACUAAAUACGCUACUAGCUAUGGACAAAUGCAACGAUUCUUCUGUGAAAGAGUCCGCAAAGGUUAUUAAAAGCAAUGUGUUUUAUGUAGUUGAAUACAGAGAGUUUAUUUUAUCGAUGUUCUUAAAUUACGAUGAAAACAAAAUGCCCAGAUCGUAUCUUCUAGAUUUGAUAGAGACCGUUCACUUAUUCUUGAAAAUGCUGGAACAUUACUGUAAGAAGACUGGAUUGGUCGUUCAAAAGAAAGUUCGUAAGAAGGCAAAAAGCAUAAAACAAAAAUCUCGCCCCUCCAAACCGCAAGCCCCUAAGUCAGAUAUCCCGCAAUGGGAGGCGGUGAGGGAGCAAAUGGCUGUGGUGCUGACGUCACAACUCGAUAACUACCCUCCGCCGUUCGAUGCAGCUUCGGACACGCCGAUAGAUCAGCAGAAAGAAGAUUGCAUGAAGAAGAUACAAAAACUGAUGCGAGAUUAUAAGUACGAAGAUGCUAUAGGUACGCUCAGAGCAGCUAGAGAGGUUUGGCCAGAAGAAGGCAUUUUCGGGACGGAAGGAAUUCAGGAGCACGAAGAGUUAGAUAUGCUUGAAACUAUAUAUAAUACGGACUUGGGACUUCAAGAAGAAAACAUUCAAGAAAACGAUGAAGAGGAAAACUCAGAAUAUGAUGAAGAUGAAGAAGAAGGUGGAAAAACGACGUCUUUCGUAGAAACCGAAUUUGAUUUUCAAGAUUUCUUGCAAAGAUUCGCUCACCCUAGGGUAGUAAGUGCCUGUGUGCUGUUACUUGAGCGUUUCGAGAAAAACACUCCUUAUACCAACCACUGCAUUGCAAAGAUGCUUCAUAGAAUAGCAUGGGAUUGCAAGCGACCAGCAAUGAUGUUUCAAGCGAACUUGUUCCUUAUUUUUCAAAGAGUACUAGCGAACAGUAUUGAACAUUUUAAGGAAUUGGAAAAGUUCGCGAUAUACAUAAUAAGAAAAUUCACGGAGAUCGCGUCUAAGAGUCCGAAGGCUUUCAUAGAACUGCUGUUCUGGACAAACUCUAAGGAUGCGAUAGAUGUCGAGUGUGGAUACGAUCUCUAUAACGACCCACGGAACAAGGAAGGUAAAUCUACCUGGUCUGAAGAACAAGAAGAAGAACUACGCAAGCUUUACAUGGAGAAUCAGUCGAAUCCGGAAAACGAUCAAGACGUCAUCGACUGGAUCCUAGACAAUCUCAUAGACCAGACUAGAACACGUCGCAGCGUAAUAAAAAAGUUAAAGGAAUUAGGGCUGAUAUUCCGCGCGCCCACCAAGAAGACCAAUAAGGAGAGAAGAGAGAAAGUUCCCAAAGAGUUUAGUGCUGAGGAGGACGAACUUUUAAAGGAAUUGUGGACGCAGUUUGGGGAAUCGGAUGAUCCUAUGAGCCUUUUAAUCGCUCGAAUGCCGCGCAAACGCCAAAAACGUAGUUACAUAGACCGCCUGCUGGAACUGGGAAUUAUACAGGACAGGAAACAGUGUCGUAAACAGAGACAGAAUAGAAAAGAGAAUGACUCAAGAGAUGAAGCUAGUUCGGAAGACUCCGACAGUGGGUCGAGAAGUUCUUCACCGGUUAAAAUGAAACCCAAGAAGAAACAAGAAGUAAGGAGAAGAAAAGAAAAUAACAAAAGUAAUAUUGAAAUUAGUGCGAGCGAGAUAGCAAGGCUGUUGGUGUCUGCUGUAGAAGCAGGUCACACGGAACCAUUAAAUUGGUUAGCAGAAAGCUUAGAAGAAGUAGCUCUAGAUCAGGAAGCAGAGGGUUUUAAUCCAAAUGAAGAAGGUACUCCGUUGGUGCCAAUCUUUGCCGGAUCAGCUCAGGCAAUGGAGGAUAAUUUAUUCCAGACUGUAUUAAGGGCGGUUGGAAUCGUUCCACCCAAUGAUCAAGAAUCAUAUUGGAGAAUACCGAGCACUCUUCAUUACGAAACAAUAAGAAAACGUCGUGAAAUCAUUCUCAAAGCUGUCAAUAAGGAGUUGGUACUGGAACAAAAUAAAGAUAAUAAUGACUCUAGUGAUGAUGAUGACCUCUUUGAUAAUUUACGAAAGAUCACUAACAACGCUAGCUCUUCUGAAAGACCUGAUGAUAAUGAUGUCCAAAUGACAGCGGUCGAUGAUCAAGAAAAUAAUAUUGAUCAAUUUACUAGCAUCAAUAAUAAGAAAAGCCGUAAAAGGACUCGCAGUGUAGAAUCUGAAGGCAAAUCGAAUAAAUUGCAGAAAAUAGAUGAAGAUGACGAAGAUAUUCUCUCUUUUGCUAAGAAGACACUUAAUCACGAAACUUUACCAGACACUGAGGAUAUCUUAAGUGCACUGCCUUCACGCAAUAGUGACAGCAGUGACGAUGAAGAUGUAUUAAAUAUUUCAAGGAAGAAGAAAACUCGUAAAAUAGUCAGCGACGACGAAUCUGAAUAA